GUGUUGGUAAAUGGUGGAAUAAGUAUACACAUAAAAAAUUAAAUUGCAGCACAGCACCCGCAACUAAACGCACACAUAUAUUUACUAAGGGGAGUACAAGGGGAGCCGAGUACCGAAAUAAAAAGAGGCGUGUGUGUGGAACACAAUUUAAUAAGGAAAAUCAGCAUAGCAGCAGUCGCAAUACAAUCGCCAUAAAGUACGAUGAACGGGGGAGGUGGGUCAAACGGAGGAGCACCCGGGAGCACUAACUCCAGCACAAAUGUGACAGCUGCCGGGAGCACGGGAGGCGGAUCCGGAGGCGGGGUAGUUGGCGACGAGGCUGGCGGGGACGCCAGCUCCCGACGCCAGGCGACGCGAGUCUUUAAGAAGAGCUCCUCCAACGGGAAGAUCACGGUUUACCUUGGUAAACGGGAUUUUGUAGACCAUGUCACACAUGUGGAUCCCAUUGAUGGCGUUGUCUUCAUUGAUCCCGAGUAUGUGAAGGACCGCAAGGUAUUUGGUCAGGUUCUGGCCGCUUUUCGUUAUGGACGCGAGGACCUGGAUGUCCUAGGAUUGACGUUUCGCAAGGACUUGUAUCUGGCGCAUGAGCAGAUAUACCCGCCCAUGCAGUUGGACCGUCCAAUGACCCGUCUGCAGGAAAGGCUGAUCAAAAAGCUAGGACCCAACGCCCAUCCCUUUUACUUCGAAGUGCCGCCUUACUGCCCCGCCUCAGUAUCCUUGCAACCGGCCCCUGGGGAUGUGGGCAAAUCCUGCGGAGUGGAUUAUGAGCUAAAGGCCUUUGUGGGUGAAAAUGUAGAAGACAAGCCCCACAAGCGAAACUCAGUUCGUCUGACUAUUCGCAAGGUUAUGUACGCCCCAUCCAAAGUUGGUGAGCAGCCAUCGAUCGAAGUUAGCAAGGAGUUUAUGAUGAAGCCGAAUAAGAUCCAUCUGGAAGCUAGUUUGGACAAGGAGUUGUACCAUCACGGCGAGAAAAUAUCGGUCAACGUUCACGUGGCCAACAAUUCAAAUCGGACGGUAAAGAAGAUCAAGGUAUGUGUCCGGCAGUUUGCGGAUAUUUGCCUUUUUUCUACGGCCCAAUAUAAGUCUGUGGUGGCCGAGAUUGAAUCGGAGGAUGGGUGCCAAGUGGCGCCGGGGUUCACCUUGUCUAAGGUGUUCGAGUUAUGCCCACUUCUGGCGAAUAAUAAGGAUAAAUGGGGCCUAGCUUUGGACGGGCAACUAAAGCAUGAGGAUACCAAUUUGGCUUCCAGCACGCUCAUUACCAAUCCUGCGCAGCGAGAGAAUCUCGGUAUUAUGGUGCACUAUAAGGUGAAAGUAAAGUUGCUGAUUAGUUCGCCUCUGUUAAAUGGUGAUCUCGUGGCUGAGCUGCCGUUUACAUUAAUGCACCCCAAACCCGAGGAGGAGGAACAUCCGUUGAUGGGCGAACGCUCGCCACGUGCUAGUCUGGUCGGAGGUGGUCAGCCGCUAGUGAGCCUGGGUGAUGGAGAGAUAGGAUCGGCGGCUGGGGGUCAGGACGUGCCAACCACGACCAAUCUCAUCCAGUUAGAUGACGACGAGGCACAGGAUGAUGAUAUAAUUUUCGAGGACUUUGCCCGCCUGCGUCUAAAAGGCGCCGAAACGGAGGCCUAAAAGAAAUCCUCCAAUUCUUGAUUUUUCAUUUGUCAAACAUCCUAAACAUAAUUUUCAGCAUUUGUAUAAUAUGAAAAGGUAGAAACAAAUUGCACAGCCGCUAAAUGUAAAGUUUUAUACCAAUAGCCACGGUAAAUAGUUUGAUGUAAGCUAUUUGAUAUGUGUAGGCCAUACGUUCUAGUAUCUAUAGGGUUUAAGCUGAAAGUGUACGAAUUUUAAAAUGUGAAAUUGUUUAACAAAUCAACAAACCUAAUCUACACAAUAUACACAUGCACAAGGACACCACACACGCCAUGUAUUCGGCCACACCUGCAACAGUUAAAAGAAUGUACAAAAUGAAAUGUUUUAUUUGAAAUGUAUUUUUUGUUGCUUUAUUAUUUCUUAUAAAUCGAAUUCGAUAUUAUAUAAAUCAAUAAUCAGAUGAAGUAUUUUGCCUUCUCGUCAUUGCGACAUAGUUGCAACAUUUUAAAAGCCUUAGUUUUUCCUUGCUGUUAUGUUAUGCUCUUAGGAAACUCUAAAACAUAAAUGCCAACAUGAAUAGAGGAAUGUAAUUAAUGUAAUACAAAAUAAAAGGGGCAAAAUCAAACUGAUCAUCUAACUGCGAGCAAUGCUGCAUAACUUAAAGGGCUUAAAAUAUAUUUAUGAAAUGUAAAUACAGCACCCAUAACACCGUGGACAAGAAAGAUUGGUGUCACAGACACAUUUUAAGAAUUAACCCAAUUUUUCUUUAUUUACAGAACUAUAAAAUAAAUCAAGUGUUAAAUGGCCUCUAUUAAAAAAAACAAAUCAAAUUUACUGAAUUGCUAUUCCCCUUAAGAGGCAUUCAAAAUGCCUAAAUUACACUUUGAUUUAGUGGAGAAACAAAUAUUUGUGAGACAUUUUUUAUUUAAUGAAACUCUAUUUUGGACGCAAAAUCCGAUCAUUGAUCUUACUAUAAUUGGCACUGUCCGAAUCGAAAUUCGUCAACGAAAAAUCGAACUCGAUAAAGAAUUACGUGUAAUUACUUUAGAGAUACAAAUUUAAAAUUUGAUCACAUUUCCAAUGAAAAACAAACCAUGAAAUAGAGUUGAAAAAAUUGGGUUCCUGUAAUAAAUAAAUUCUUAAUGUAUUGUAAGUGUAGGCUUUUAAACGCAAAGAUAAGCUGUAAACCCAUUUUAGUGCCCCGUCGCUGCAAAGAACAGGAACUUAUGCAUGAAAACAUUGAAACCAUGUUGACAUUGUCGAAAAAUUUGCAUAUUUUAAAUUGAAAUUUUGUAACGCAUAUGUAAACCAUUAAAUCGACAAAUAGGUUUGCUAGAAUGUUUUUAUCAAGUGAAAUAAACAAAAAAAAUUAAAUAAAGGACGUAAAUUAUAUAAACGUGCAUUACAAACUGGUUAAAUGGAUACAAUAUGCAAAAAUGAAUUUUUAUAUAUCCAAUCAAUUAAAAUUUAUAAAUGUAUAUUUAUAUGUGACCAGAUAGGAGUAUUACUUAGAUAAAAUAAUGUGAAUAUUAUGACAAGUGUAAAGCAUUUAAAUCGCAAAAAUUCUAUUAAUUCCGUACACUUUUACGUCGAGACAAUUUUUGUAGUUGAACCAAAUGAACAUAAGAAUUACAUCAUUAUUUUGAAAAGCUUAUCAAAGGAUACAAUUGUAUGUUUCUUUAAAAAAUUCAAAUUAGUCGGGGAAAUGUUUAUUAGCAAAGAACAAUAGUUGUGAAUACAGUAGUUAUUUCACCAAGGCAGACAACUCUUAAAUUACCCAACACUUCAUACUGGCUUACAUUUUUUGAAUUGCCUAAAAGAGUGCUGUGAAUUUAUAUGGCCUGAAAACCGCUUGCAGGCAUCGAUUCGUUUUGUACGGAUUUAUUUAUCAACUCUUAAUUUAUACUAAAAGUUCUGUUGUUCUGAACUCCCUUCGGCACACUGCUGUCCCACUUUGUUUAAAAAUAGACUUAGAAAUAUUAAAGAAAAAAUAAAAUAUAACAAAUAUAGUCACAGCUUUCAUAAAUAAUUUCAUAGGCUAUUUGUAUGAUGUUUGUAAUCAACGUGUUCAAAGGGUCCAACUGCAAUGUCUAUUUUUGAACUGGUCAUACUACUUCUAUUAUGUAAACUGGUGUAUUUAAUAAAUGAAAAUACUAUGCUUAAUUUAAACACAUUUUUUUGUAAUGAUUUUUAUAAAACCUUUUUAAAAAUAGCAUACAUAUUUAUAAUAUUGAAUAUCAAGUUAAAGGAGGGAAAGUUUUGUAGAGAGCACUUGAAAGAUUCAGAAAAUUCACGUUUAUUUUUUGAAAUACGUUUUUGUCUGGGAUCGAGAUGCUUAAAAUUUGAUAAAUAUGUAAUUCUAAUGUAUGUAUACAACUAGCAGUUAGAAAAUUAGCCACCGCAGCCCACGUUUAUAGCGAGCGCACCAAACGGAAUAAGAAAUCUAUGACUACCUACCUAUGGCUAACCAAACAAGAAUAAGGAAUGUGGAGGAUUGAAUGUUGUUUGUUUGAUGUUAUAAAAUAAAGAUAAAGGCAAGAUGGAAAAGAAGAAAAACUUAAAUUGUUGUCUGGUACGUUGGAGCCGAGAAAAUGGGGCAGAAAGUGUGAGUGUCUGCGAAACACUAUGCUUAAAUAGCUUUAAUAUAAUAAAUACAUGCAUUGUACAUACGACAAUGACACUUGUUAGGUGAAUGCCCUAUCAAGUAUAUAUUAUAAUAUUUUAUUAGUUCAAUUUCCGAGUUAUGAUAACCCCAUUUUCCCUCCAACGUGCCAAUCGAAAUAUACAUACUCUACAUAUAUCAAAAUUAUGAAGAAAUACAGAAACGCAAUUGCAAAUAUACUAUUUAGUUUAAUUUUUAUUUUUUAAUGCGAAUAAUGUUGCACCGUUUAAAAACUAACUAUUAAAUUAUUUUUUACAAAUUUGUCUAAGCGUUGGAAAGAGAAGUUAUUUCAAGUUGUAAGAAAAAAACACCUAAAUAAUAUUGUUUCUGUAUUUGCAUGAACGGUAUAAUGUUAAUGUGAACUACUGAAUAAUUAUGCAACAAUAAAAAGGACAAAGUAUUAUAAA